AUGCCUCCUAGACCGGAAACACGUAGUCGUGCGAGCAACGAAGAACCUUCUACAAUGGAUCGCAUGGUGCAGAUGAUGGAAAGAAUGGCUGAGUUCAUGAUGGCUCAGCAGGCUCCAAACCAAAAUCAAGUUCAACCCCGAGUAGAUUAUGCUAAAGCAAUAGCCAGCAGGCACCCUCCGACCUAUGCCGGAGAAGAAGAUCCCGUGGUUCUGGAAGAGUGGAUCAGGACAUUUGACAAGUUGUUGGACGCAGUAAACUGCCCUGCGGAUCAGAGAAUAUCCUCGGCUGUGUACUACCUCACAAAGGCUGCGGACAAUUGGUGGACUACAACUGGGCCCGAUCUUUUGCAAGAACCAGACUUCGACUGGGAAGACUUCAAAACAGCAUUGAGGGCUCAGUUUUACACUGAAAGAAUUCGAGGAAUUAAAUGCGAAGAAUUCCUAAGGCUGAAACAGAAAGGGGCAAGUAUUCAGGAGUAUUAUGCAAAGUACAUAGAACUACUAAGAUUCGCCCAGGAUAUUGUGCCGGAUGAUGUGAGUAAGGCCAGAAGAUUCGUGCGCGGCAUGGACUGGGAUAACCGAAGAGCCCUUGCACCGUUUAUGUGUUCGACUCUGAAAGAGGCAUAUGAACGGGCGUCAGACCAUUAUCAAGUGCACUUGGAUCAGCAGGAGGUGUACGGCCGAAACAAGAGAAAGGCCGAGGUGCAGUAG